CCGAGCGUCAGCAGAAAGCAGCCUGGCAAUCUAUGGUGGACUGCGCAGAUGAAGGAUAUGGCAGCGACCUUAUAUUUGAUCAAUGAUAGAUUUUCUCCAUCUGGGAAUUAGGAAAUAUCUCACUCUUUAGUGCACCCACCUUCUGAAUGGAAACAUGGACACCACCUACAAAGGAGGAAUUGUAGUCAACAAUGUCCAGGAACUUUGAGCCUGGUCACUCAGUAGGGAUGUUGGCUACUGUGGAACAUGGUCCCAUCCUCUGCAGCGACUCCAACAUCCUCUGCCUCUCCUGGAAGGGCCGGGUCCCCAAGAGUGAGAAGGACAAGCCGGUGUGCCAGCGGCGCUACCAUGAGGAGGGCUGGCUGGCCACAGGGAACGGGAGAGGGGUGGUGGGCGUGACGUUCACAUCCAGCCACUGCAGGAGAGACAGGAACACUCCUCAGAGAAUCAACUUCAACCUGCGAGGACACAACAGUGAGGUUGUGUUGGUUCGUUGGAAUGAGCCCUUUCAGAAGUUGGCCACGUGUGACAUGGAGGGAGGCAUCUUCGUCUGGAUUCAGUAUGAGGGACGGUGGUCUGUAGAGUUAGUGAAUGACCGUGGUGCCCAGGUGAGUGAUUUCACAUGGUCCCAUGAUGGCACUCAGGCCUUGAUCGCCUACAGAGAUGGGUUUGUCUUGGUGGGGUCAGUCAGCGGACAGAGACACUGGUCCUCAGAGAUCAACCUGGAGAGCCAGAUCACCUGUGGCAUCUGGACACCUGACGACCAACAGGUGUUGUUUGGUACAGCCGACGGUCAGGUGAUAGUGAUGGACUGUCAUGGUCGCAUGCUGGCCCAUGUCCUGCUACACGAGUCGGAUGGCAUCGUCGGCAUGUCAUGGAACUGCCCCUGCUUCCUAGUGGAGGACAGCACAGAAAGCGACACCGACUCUGAUGACAACCCACCUCAAGUGCGUAUCCCGAAGCCCCUUCUGACAGUUAGCUUCAUAUCAGGAGACAUCAGUUUGAUGAACAACUACGAUGACCUCGCUCCUACCGUCAUCCGCUCAGGACUCAAAGAUGUGGAGGUCCAGUGGUGUUCUCAGGGGGACCUCCUGGCGGCAGCUGGGAUGGAGAGACAUGGGCUCCCUGGAGUCCCCUCUGACCCUAUCGUGAGGAACGCCCUGGUCAAAUUCUACAACGUCCAAGGAGAACAUAUCUACACGUUAGAAACACCUGCCCAGCGCCCCAUCACCACUAUCUGCUGGGGCCACAGAGACUCUCGUCUGUUCCUGGCGUGUGGCACGGCGCUGUACGUGGUGCGGGUGGAGCACCGGGUGGCCAGCCUGCAGCUGCUGUGCCAACAGGGCAUCGCCAGUGCCCUGCGGGAGGAGAGGGACGUGGGCAAACUAAACAUGCCCUCCUUACUCUGUUCCUAUGUCACAACCGCCUUCAUACCCACCAUCAAGCCUCCUAUUCCUGAUCCCAACAACAUCCGGGACUUUGUCAGCUACCCCACAGCUGGUAACGAGAGGCUGCACUGCACCAUGAAGCGAGCGGAGGACAACCCAGAGGCAGGGGGACCCUGUUACACCCUCUACCUGGAACACCUAGGUGGUCUGGUGCCCAUCCUCAAAGGCAGACGCAUCAGCAAGCUACGGCCAGAGUUCAUCAUCAUAGACCCUAAAACAGACAGCAAAGCAGAUGAGGUGUGUGUGAAUGCUAUGAUCUCCUACAUGACUGACAGCUGUAACUGUUCGGACUCCAGCGACAUUGAGUUGAGUGAUGAGUGGGUCGGGAAGAAGUCCCCUAAACUGUCCAGAGGAAACGGGUCACCCAAGCUUUCCAGAAGGAACAUGGAAUCUAGAAAAUCUCCCAAAAUGUCCCGGGCUAGUCAAGAAGGCCCACGAUCACCCCGGUUACCAACAAAGAAGCCACCAAUUCGAUCUCCCAGUUUGACGCGUCGAGAGAUGUCCAUGGAUGGAAUCUCUGAGCAUAAUUAUCUUGCUCAAGUCACGUCCAAUAUUUGGGGGACAAAGUUCAAAAUCGUUGGACUUGCUUCUUUCCUACCUGCUAAUCUUGGUGCAGUUAUCUAUAAGACCAGUUUGCUGCAUCUUCAACCAAGGCAGAUGACAAUCUACCUUCCGGAGGUCCGGAAAAUAUCACUUGACUUCAUGAGCCUGCCUGUCUUUAACCCAAACGUCUUCAGUGAGGAUGAGGAUGACUUGCCUGUGAUGGGACCAUCUGGAGUGACAAGUGACAACCCUCCCUGUACGGUCAACAUCCCCAUCGCACCCAUCCACAGCCCUGCCCAAGCCAUGUCCCCCACUCAGAGCAUUGGACUGGUCCAGUCCCUGCUGGCCAAUCAGAACAUCCAGCUGGAUGUCUUGACCAAUCCCACGGCUACGGCUUCAGCUGCAGCGGCCGCUGCAUCAGCCUCGGCCUCUAUUGCAGGGCCUGGUCACGGUCAGAAUGCAGUAGCAGCACAGUACAGUGGGACUCUAGGAAGGUACUCCAACCCAGGACAGGUGAUCUUUAACAGGCUAGAGAUGGGACCCCUCCUAGCUGGAACACUGCCUCCACCUCCGCCUCCACAUCAUCCCCCUCAACAACCUCAACAACAACGUCCUCAGUCUCAACAGACACACCAACAUCAGUCCAAACAACCACCGCAGAUACUAACCCAACAGCAGCAGCAGCAACAACAACAGAGAAUGCAACAGCAUCAACAACUACAGCACCAGCAACAGCAGAUUCAACAACAACAUCAACAACUACAACAGCAUCAUAUACAGCAGAUCCAACAGCAGCAGCAGCAACAGACUCAGCAGCACCAAGCACUGCAACAACAGCACCAACAACAACAGGCGGCACUGCAACAGCAACAACAGCAGAUCCAACAUCAGCACCAACACUUGCAACAACAGCAAAUCGCUCAGCAGCACCAACAGAUGCAACUGCAACAUGAGCAAAUGCAUCAGCAGCAACAACAAAUGCAGCAGCAACAGCAGCAGAUCCGACAGCAGAUUAUAGAGAUGAGGCAGCAACAACAGCAGCUGCAGCAGCAACAUCAGCAGAUACAACAGCAACACCAACAGAUGCAGAGGCAGCACCAACAAAUGCAGCAGCAACUGAAGCUGCAGAUCACCUUGCCCCCUCCGCCUACUGGCUAUCCCACCAUCUCUCUGCAGCAGUUCCAGGUACUGCAACAGAUACCCCACCCCAGUGCAGAGUUGGGACCAGAAAGAGGAGAGCAGGGGCAUACUCAGAGUCAUACUCUGGGCAGGCCAAGUCUACCGCGAUCCAGGCCUCCAUCAUUCAUUGAUGUAGACAGCUUACGGUCCAGACCUCCUUCCUUCAUCGAAGCAGACACAUCAAGAUCUAGACCACCGUCAUUCAUCGACAUAGACACAAUACGGACUAGACCUCCUUCUUUCAUUGAUGCAGAUACAGGUACAUUGCGGUCUAGACCCCCGUCGUUCCUCGAUGCAGACUCCUCCCGAUCCAGACCUCCUUCAUUCAUAGACACAGACACACUACGUUCUAGACCUCCUUCCUUCCUCGAUGCAGAGACUUCCCUUGAGAUCCAGAUGAGGAAGGUGAACCCUCCACCACCCUACCCAGGAACCAUAGUGUCUGCAGCCACCGCCACAACCUCCACCGCUCCUCAGACCCUCAUCACCAACUGUGACAGCCCCAACAUACUGGUCACUGCAGACCCGUGUCUGAAGAAAGACGAGUUCUCACUCCACCCAGUUGGUCUCCAGUACCAGAUGGGAUACGAGAGGAUCACAACCUUUGACAGCAGUGGGAAUGUAGAGGAGGUGUGUCGCCCUCGCAGAAGACUCAUAAGCAACCAGAACACCUACGCUGUUCAAGGCAUGGGAGGUUCGGCCACACUUAAAGUCACCUCAUCGUCCGACAGUAAGAAAGUCCAGCUUCCUUACAGCUCAGCAACUCUAAGCCGCCUCUCUGUGCCACGAUACUCCAUACCCAGCAGAGACCCGCCCCCCUACCCAGAUCCAGCCAAUCAGGUUAACAUUAACACGACGACACUUUCUCCUCCCCAACGCAUGGACAAUAGUCACAUGAUUCACGCCACCUUGCGAUCUGACCGGCGAGACGUGGAAUCUCGCCUGAAGGUGUCCCAGAUGGUUGACGCUUCAAGGACUCUACCAACCAAGUCUAAGAUCAACAGUGCGGCCCUAGCACUCUCUUACCAGCAGAGGGUGCCCACGGCUCUGUAUACCUGCACUCAGUGCAGCAGCAACAGCACCAGUGUCAGUGUUAGUGGUGGUGGUAGUAGCAGCAGUGGCAUCGCAGGAGGCACUGUAGUGCGACAGGAUUUCCCUCCAGGAAAAGGUGCUCAUCACAGCACCAUCAUUGUUCACUCCAAAAGCACUUCGCCUCAAGCUUCUCAGUCAUCUUACAAUCUGCUGAGUCCUGUUGAUAACAGCAGGGAUAGGACUGUGUAUGUGAACUCUGCCUUUACCGAAGACGAGACAUUAAGUCAGCAGUGUCGUCACUUGACUCUUGGGGAAGUUAGUUUGACACUGAAACGUCCUCCACCAUACCAGUGGGACCCAAACACUGCAGAGGAGUUCUGGAUACCCCCAGAACAGACUAUCGUAGCUCCUCCUCCACCUCCACCACCAACACACAAACCACCACCCCCGAUCAUCUUCAGCAAUGCUCAGCAUCUGGACAUGACACGGCUGCCUUUUGUACUUUCAACAAAACCUCCCAGCAGCCCAAGUACUGUUACUUUCCCAUCAGGUUACCAGAUCUCCAUGUCACCUUUCCCUCCAGGGGUUGGUCAGGAUGGAUCCCCACUCCAGUCCAUGCAGAGCCAUCCACCACCCUGCCCUCCCAACGAAGUAGUUGCUCCAGUCCCCCAGUUUGCCCAGCAGGACCCCAACCUGGUCUUGCCACCUGGAUACCCUCCCAGCCAUGCCAACCUAGCUUGCUGCCCUCUGCCCCCAAUGUACCCAGGGGCCGCCUCCUGUGCUGGGCUUCAGCUGCACCCUGUUAGCCUGCACCCCUGGAACCCAUAUAGCCUACCCAUGCAGGACCUGUCAGGCUCUGCCACCCUCCUCAGCAAGUCUCAUCAGGUGUUAGAAAAGCCAGUCCUCUCCCCACCUCCUCCUGUUGCUCCCCCCCCACCACCUCUUACACUUCCUCCUCCUCCACCAACCGAGCUGCCAAAAUCCAAAAGCCCUACAGAGGAGCUGGCGGAAUCUGCCAGUAGCUUCCAGGAGCCGUCUUCUCUAAACGAAAGCCCCGUUCCAGACCGACAGGGGUCCGACAUGUUCAGCAAGAAAAGUCGUAAACGUCUAGACAGCCGAGCCGAGGCGGCAAACAUGACCACCGUCUCAGAGGGCAAAUCCAAAAAGGAAGGGCGCGCCCUCUCUGACUUCAACUCCCUCAUCUCUAGCCCCAGGCUUGGCGGCAGGGAGAAGAAGAAACUCAAAGGCCAGAGGGAGCAGCUGAACAAAACCAAGAAGCUCAACAGGACCAGUACCACUAGCGAGUUCCAGGACAGUUCGGAGAGCGAGCCCGAGCUCUUCAUCAGCGGAGAUGAACUGAUGAACCAGAGCCAGAGCUCCAAGAAGGGUUGGAAGAGUAAGAGAAGCCUGAGGAUGGCCAGUGAACUGGAGGAGAUUAAGUGCAGGAAGGCCAAUGAGAGAGAGGACCGUGGGCUGGGGAGCCAGGGAUUUAUCUAUGUCAUGGCCAAUAAGCAGCCACUCUGGAAUGAGGCCACACAGGUCUACCAGUUGGACUUCGGAGGACGAGUCACUCAGGAGUCUGCUAAGAACUUUCAGAUCGAGCUGGACGGGAGACAGGUGAUGCAGUUUGGCAGAAUCGAUGGGAACGCAUAUAUCCUGGAUUUCCAGUAUCCUUUCUCAGCAGUGCAGGCCUUUGCUGUUGCCUUAGCCAAUGUUACUCAAAGGCUGAAGUAAGAGACUGCUCUAACCAGUGGUGUAGUGGAGGAUAUUUUGUGCAAGUGUUUACCUACCUUUUUGCGGAAAAAUGCAUUGAAAGUAUAGGGAGCAUUACAUUACUCACGGCAAAUGGCGAUCAGUGUUUACCCACCUAUGUUUUUUAACACUACAUCACUGACUCUAACCCAACGUCACAUAUGUGUUCGUAAAAAAGGAGGAAGGGAAGCGCUGCUAAGGUACACAAUAGUAGAUUGUGGGGUAAAUGAAUAGAAUUCAUUAAAAUGCCUUUAUUUGUAUGGCAUGUUCAAUGGAAACAAAAGUUUAGAAACGCUGACAUGUGUGUCAUAUACAGUAUAUGGCUCUGUUACAACGUGCUCUGAUGCAAAGUGACAGAAUAAUCCGAGAUGAUUAUACUGUGUCCUGUAACACGGGACUGUCAGUGUAGUUCUGACGGAUAAUAGGGCUAUGAAAUACAUUUUAGUAAGCCUCACAACAAAGCUUUUUAGUAGGUACGUUUCUCUUACUUACCGUAUAUAUGCAUUGGAUUUAAAAACUGCCCUUGGAGAUGUGCAAUUUUAAAAUGCAAGACUAAGAUUGCAGGUUACCAUGGUCAUAAGAAAAGUAAGUGCAAUGUUGGACAACGUUGAAAUAAUGUAUUGUGAGAGAGGAGGCCAUGUUGAUUGUGGAAAGACAACACGAUGAGUUUGAAAGUAAUAGAGUUUAUUUAGAUGUUAUUUCGAAGAUCACUUCUAUGAAGUGAUCCUAGGAAUACCAUCAUUUUCCGUAAAUGUUUUUGUAGGACCUAGAAAUAUCCACAUUUCCAUUAUGUAAACGUUAUUGUAGGACUACAUACCCUCAUAUGACAUCAAUUGUAACACAUUCUUAACUCAAUUGUAACAUGUAUGUUAACAAACCUUUCUGCCCAUCAUUUCAUUUGGUUGAACCUAUGAAGAAAUGUCAUGCAUGUGUAAAUCAUUCACCAAGAUCAUCAAAUGCAUGGUUCAUGUAUCUGGGUGAAAAUGCAUACAGUAGAUAUCCCACCUGCGGCCAAAUCCGUCAACUUAUGCUAAACCCUGCAAGAAAAUGAAAAGCUAUCCUUAAUUUAAUGUUAUAAGCUUGGUUGGCUCUGUGUUUUAGUCACUGGGUGUGGUUAUGAUGCUACUUGAACAUUGCAUUUGAAUGUGAAGUGCUUUGCCUCCUUGGAGUUUCUGCUGCUGCUUUUGGUAGAUAUUGUCUGCAUUGCUGCUAAUAGUGUGUCACUUGGUACUGAAGACAUUCAAGUUAUCAUUUUUUACAUUUUCAGAUUUGAAUUGGAUUUGAUUGACUAAUUAAUCUGUGAAUAUGUUAUUCAGUAGUUAACAUGUGUAUUAUGCUGUUUUAUCUGAAAGUACUGUAACUUCCAAAAUAAUGGAAACACUUGAGUGAAUGAGGGAUACGAAGUAUAUUGAAAGCAGGUGCUUCCACAUAGGUGUGGUUCCUGAGUUAAUUAAGUAAUUAACACCCCAUCAUGCUUAGGGUCUGGCAUACAAAUGUUGGGCAGGCCAUUAUUUUGGCUACCAUGGCUGUGUUAUGACAAUUCCCCCAUCCACAGGGCACGAGUGGUCAUUGAAUGGUUUGAUAAGCAUGAAAACCAUGUAAACCACAUGCCCAUGGCUGUGUCAGUUACCAGAUUUAAACCCAAUUGAACACUUAGGGGAGAUUCUGGAGCGGCGCCUCCCUCCAGCAUUUUCCGUGUUUCGCCCACCAAGCAAAGAGUUUUUGUAUGGAGGCCAAUGAGAGUGUCGAAUUUGGUCAGCAAAAAAAUGUAUGGCUUCUUUACUAGAGGUUUAUAGACGUUUCAUAAUGGUUAAGUUGUUACGCGUGUACUGAUAUAAGUAGGACACGUGACAUCUCGCCAACAUUGAGAAAAAACACUUUGUAUCUGAGUUGUCUCGAGUUGGCUAUGGAUAUUCAUGGCAUGCAGCUAAUAGCAUAGCAUCUCUUGCCAUUGAAUACACGAGGUUAAAAACGAUUACAAUAGUGAGAUGUAUCCACCAAUCAAAAGAAAGGAUAGGCGGGAGCUAGACAGCCCGCCAUGCCGCUUUAUGGACAAUGACUCCCAUUGUUAUGGCAGGGAUACAUGUAUAUUGUUAGUAUAUACAUCAUUUUUGGCGGUGCUUGAGACAGCGUUUUCCACCACAAUCAACCAAAUUAUGGAAUUCCUCACAGAAGAAUGGUGUCGCAACCCUACAAUAGAGUUCCAGAUGCUUGUAGAAUCUAUGCCAAGGUGCAUUGAAGCUGUUCUGGCUCGUAGUGACCCAACGCCCUAUUAAAACACUUUAUGUUGGUGUUUCCCUUCUUUUGGCAGUUAACUGUAUAUCUGCAGGAUUAUUUGAAAAAGUAUUGUAGACAAGUUAUGCGAUGAUUCAACUAUUCAAAUCAAAUCAAAUGUAUUUCUGAAGCCCUUCUUACAUCAGCUGAUAUCUCAAAGUGCUGUACAGAAACCCAGCCUAAAACCCCAAACAGCAAGCAAUGCAGCUGUAGAAGAACGGUG